AAAGUUCGACUUGGAUUGCCAUGAAUAUUCGCUCAGACAGCUACAUUGAUACACAUUCAAGCGCAAGUUAAACUUGAAAUGCCAACUGCAACUCUGUCUGCACUGGACCAUGGUAUGCCGUCGACGGCAAACUUAUCGCCAACGCUCCUGCCCCGCUGGAUUUCUGCUAAAGCCAACGCCAUACCUGCGACACUCGCUUUUCCUGCGGGCCAGGAGGCUACAGGGGAAACGCUCUAUAUCUCCCGUGGCAUACCUCAAAAUGGUUCUUACGCAAUAGUGCCAGGAAAGGCGGGGCUUCACCUGCAACCCCGCGGUCUGCACAUUGGCUAUCUCGGUCAAGAAAGCGUCAUUACGGAUCACCAGAUCUUGCAUAUACCUGAUCCAAGUUUAUUCGAGUGGGUACCAUGGGAAGGUUGCUGUGAUAUUGAGUCUUUGAAGGCCCAAGGCAGGAUCCCGUUAGUUGGUGGGCGGAAUAAAGACGGGGAGUGGAUGUUUAUUGCUGUGGCAUAUCCGUUGACCGGUGAUGAAGGGGGCCUGCAUCCUGGAAGGUGUGGUCCUGGGCUCAAAGGGGCUGCGAUUGGGUAUCCAGGGAAGGAGAAGAUUGUUGAUAAGUCCAGGGUUUUUUGCUUGAGAAAACCUGACAAAUGACGGGGUGUUCAGGGUAGUUGUGAACCCCCCAUAUUAAGAACCGUAGCAAAUACCCCCCUGGAAAUUUGAUGGAUGGGG